GCGGCGCGCGCAGCCGACCAGGAGGGUCCGCGGGGGCGGAGGCAUGGCGGACGUCUUGAGCGUCGGGGUGAACCUGGAGGCCUUCGCCCAGGCCAUCAGUGCCAUCCAGGCGCUGCGUUCCAGCGUGAGCAGGGUGUUCGACUGCCUGAAAGAUGGCAUGCGGAACAAGGAGACGCUGGAGGGCCGGGAGAAGGCCUUUAUCGCGCACUUCCAGGACAACUUGCAUUCGGUCAACCGGGACCUCAAUGAAUUGGAACGUCUGAGCAACUUGGUAGGCAAGCCGUCUGAGAACCAUCCUCUUCAUAACAGUGGGCUGUUAAGUCUGGAUCCCGUGCAGGACAAAACUCCCCUCUAUAGUCAACUCCUGCAAGCAUAUAAAUGGUCCAACAAGUUGCAGUACCACGCAGGCCUGGCAUCUGGCCUUUUGAAUCAGCAGUCCUUGAAGCGGUCUGCAAACCAGAUGGGAGUGUCUGCCAAGCGUCGACCAAAGGCACAGCCCACCACCCUGGUCCUGCCACCUCAAUAUGUGGACGACGUGAUCAGCCGCAUUGACAGGAUGUUCCCUGAGAUGUCCAUCCACUUAUCCAGGCCCAAUGGGACAUCAGCUAUGCUCCUGGUGACCUUGGGGAAGGUGUUGAGAGUGAUUGUGGUCAUGAGGAGCCUGUUCAUUGACCGAACAAUAGUGAAGGGGUAUAACGAAAACGUCUACACGGAGGACGGCAAGCUGGAUAUAUGGUCGAAAUCCAACUAUCAAGUAUUCCAGAAGGUGACAGACCAUGCCACCACUGCCCUGCUCCACUACCAGCUGCCCCAGAUGCCAGACGUUGUGGUCAGGUCCUUCAUGACCUGGUUAAGAAGCUACAUAAAGCUGUUCCAGGCCCCAUGUCAGCGCUGCGGGAAGUUCCUGCAGGAUGGCCUGCCCCCCACGUGGAGGGACUUCCGAACACUGGAAGCCUUCCAUGACACCUGCCGGCAGUGACCCCACCCACCCAGGCAGCCCUGAGUGACACUGGCCCUGACCCCUUGCUGCCCGCUCUCUGUCAAGCUAUGGCUAUCACGAAGGACCUUCUCGGAGCACCACUGGGGGAGGUCGCCCAGCCUAGCCUUGGCACACGCUGGCAAUACGGGUGAGUCCCCCAGUUUGCUGAAGGUGACUGAACGAGCCCUGUCACACGGGGGACUUUGUUUUGUGCUUGCUAAGUUAUUUUUAUAAGCAAUAAACCUUUUGUACCCAG